CUCCUUUCUUCUUCCCCCUGCAGCCUCACGAUGUGGACCUUCAUGCUCCUGGGCCUUCUCUGUGCCUCGGCCUCUGCCAGUGCCAUCCAGGCCAGGUCCUCCUCCUACAGUGGCGAGUAUGGAAGGGGAAGAGGGGAGCCAUUCUCCCACUCCGGCCUCCAGCUGGAAGGCCCCAUCACAGCCAUCCGUGUCCGGGUUGACAGCUUCAAUAUCGCGGGUCUCCAGGUGCGCUAUGGCCAGGUGUGGAGCGACUACGUGGGUGGCAAGCUGGGAGACCUGGAGGAGAUCUUUCUGCACCCAGGGGAGUCAGUGAUCGCGGUGUCUGGGUCAUACAGCAACUACCUGAAGACGCUGAACUUUGUGACUGACGAGGGUCGCUUCCUUUCCUUUGGGAAAGACACAGGCAUAAUGUUGUAUGCUGUCCCCUUGGACCCAAACACCGUGCUCUGAUUCAUCAAUGGCCCAGCUGGCUUAUUCGUCACCGCCAUUGGCCUGCACUGGGACAACUACCCCAGAAACUACCUCAGCGACUGCUGAGCCCGCCUCCUCCGUGGCAGGGCCCCGUGGUGGGGUGUGACAACUCCCUGAUCACCAUUCCCAUACAAAUGGCUCAAUAAAAGGACAUGGCUAAA